CGAAUUCAUUUUUGGUGGUAUGCAUCGUAUUGGGAAAAGAGCUAUCUCUCGGGCCGAAGCUUGGGCACUUAGGUUACAGCCAUACAAUUUCAAGGUCGAGCGCAUACCUGGGAACGAGAACUUGGCCGAUGCAUUAUCAAGAUUAAUUGGAAAUCAACAGAAUACAGAUCCAUUUGAUGACGCUGCCGAAAGACAUCUACUGUACUUACUCGACGCAGGGACAAUAGAUUUGUCAUGGAACGAAAUCGAAACACACGCUGAACAAGAUGAUGAACAAUCAGAAGUUCGAGAGUCCCUCAGAACUGGACAUUGGGAGAACCACCUACGUUGUUAUGAGUCUCAAUCGAAGCAUCUAAGAACCUUGGGAUCUUUGAUUUUCAAGGAAGAUCGUGUAGUAUUACCACAUAAACUCCGAAAGAGAGCUCUAGACGUAGCACACCAAGGGCAUAUGGGAGCAUCAUCCAUGAAAAGAAUUUUGAGAAAUUACUUCUGGUGGCCAAGGUUGAGUAAAGAUGCAGAAAACCAUGUAAAGAGCUGUGAAACUUGUCUGAGAUUGUCUCGGAGAAAUGCACCACUUCCACUGACUAGCAGAGAGCUGCCUCAAGGCCCUUGGGAAAUAUUGCAAAUUGAUUUUUUCACGGAUCAGGAUUUUGGUCAUGGCGAAUUUUUGGUCAUUGUUGACACAUAUUCCCGAUAUCUACAAGUCAUAGAAAUGAAACAUAUGGACGCAGAAGCAACCAACAAUGCCCUCAUGCGAGUUUUCGAAAAUUGGGGCUAUCCUUUGGCGAUUCAAAGUGAUAAUGGUCCGCCUUUCCAAAGCGACAAGUUUGUUAAAACAUGGGAGGAAAGAGGAGUAAAAAUUCUAAAAUCCAUACCACUAAGUGCCCAGUCAAAUGGAGCAGUCGAAAGACAAAACAAAGGAAUUAAAGAUGCCUUGGCGGCAUCAAAGCUCGAUAAGACAAAUUGGAGAGUGGCUCUUGACAAAUACGUACACAUGCACAACAAAGUGAGACCUUUAUCUCGACUUGGAGUUACACCUUUUGAAAUGCUGGUGGGCUGGAAAUGUAGAGGUACAUUUCCAUGCCUCUGGAGUAGCAAUACAUCGGAGACGCUGGACCGUACAGACGUAAGGGAAAAGGACGCAACUUCUAAACUGGAAAGCAAGAAAUACGCAGACACUAAACGAGGAGCCAAAUAUUCGGAUAUAGCUGUUGGAGACAGAGUACUCAUAACGCAGCCUAAAAAGCAUAAAUCAGAUCCAACAUUUUCUGCAGACAGGUUUACUGUCAUAGCUAGAGAGGGCGCCAAGGUGGUUGUAAGAAGCGACCGGGGUGUUCAAUACGCUCGCAACAUACAAGACGUUAAACGGGUACCCGCAGAACUAGAAGCAGAGUCAGAGCAAAUGAUAAUCGAGCAAAAUGAUGAAGACCAUGUUCGUCCACCAUUCCAAGCACAGCAAAUUCAAGAUAAUGCGGAACAUGAUGAAACAACGACAACACGCCCUCAUAGAAUUAUAAGGAAACCUAAUAGAUUUAAGGAUAUGAUACUUUUCACAAUUUUUGAGUAAGGAGUAGGGGAAAGGGGUAUUGUAGGAGAAUGAGCAGAUACGUUCCAAGAAAAUAUACAUUAUAAAUUUAUAUAACAAUAUUACGAAAUAUAGAAGUGGAAUUUCAGAUAUAUUAAACAAAUGAAUAAAGAAUUUGAAUACAAUAUUGAGACAAAACAGAUAAUAUUCUUAUUAAACCAGAAAAACAAAUGACAAGUUGGAUAAUAAGUUGUGAGAUAUGGACCUAAAAUGAAAUUGUAGUAAACAUAUU